CCAGGCCGGCGCGGGUGUAGGCCUAACAGCCAGAGUUCACCCGGCGCCCACUGCGCGCGCCCCGCCUCGAGGUCGUCCUAUAUGACACGGGCCUGGGUCCCCAAGCCCAGGAAGACCGCUGGGGGCGGUAGGACCGGCGCCCAGGAGCUGCCGCCGCGCCAGAACCCGGAGCCCGGAAGCCUCACGCCGCCGCCCGCCAUGAACGGCUCCCUGCGGCCGGGCGCCAGCAGCUGGCGACGGGCAGCCACCAUGGUGCUGGCCGCUGGCUGGGCGCGCCCGGGCCCCGCCGCCCCGUCGCCGCCCCCGCCGCCCGCCGAGGGCUUUCGGCUGCUGCUGCUGCAGCGCUCCGAGAGCCAAGGCUUCUUGCCCGGGGCGCACGUCUUCCCGGGGGGCGUGCUGGACAAGGCCGACCACUCGGCCGACUGGCUGCGCCUCUUCGCGCCGCACCACGGGCCGCCGCGUUUCGGCCUGGGCCCCCCACUGUCGCGGCCAGCCUCCUUCCCGGGGCUGCCCGACCCCGCCGACGAGGACGGCGCGGCGCUGCCGAAUGACGUAGCCUCCCGCAUCUGUGCCAUCCGCGAGGCCUUCGAGGAGGCGGGCGUGCUGCUGCUGCGGCCGCGGGACGCCCUGCCCACCGCGGCCGAGCCGGCACGCGCCCUCGCGCCGCCGCCGGGCCUGGACGCCUGGCGCGACCGCGUCCGCCGCGACCCGCGCCACUUCCUGAGCCUGUGUGCGCACCUCGACUGCACGCCCGACAUCUGGGCGCUGCACGACUGGGGCGGCUGGCUCACGCCGUUCACGCGCUCGGGCGGCCGCCGCUUCAACACCGCCUUUUUCCUGUGCUGCCUGCGGGAGCCGCCGCCCGUCUACCCGGACUUGACCGAGGUGGUGAGCUGCCAGUGGUCAUCUCCAUCAGAGACAACUGAGAGUUUCAUAUCGAAAAAAAUGUGGUUAGCACCCCCACAGUUCUACGAAAUAAGAAGGCUUGGAAACUUUGCCUCUCUCUCUGACUUGCACAAAUUUUGUUUGGAUGGUGCAUUGGAAGAGAUGGAAAGAUGGCUGCCGAUCACAUUUUUAACUGCUGAUGCAAUGCUCCAGCUUUUACCAGGAGAUGAACUGUACUUAGAAGAUUCAGACUUUGUAGAGAAUGUUAUGUCCACGGAAAAAAAGACUGGAGAAAUCAUGAAGGAAGGCAAGACAUUUCACCGAAUGGUGUUACACAGCCGCCAUGUGUACAGUGUCCACGUGACUGUCCAGUCAAAGCAUAAACAUGUUUAUCCUAAGACCUACAUAGUAAGUCAGAGCCAUCUAUAGAGGACUGCUUGUUUGUAAGCUGGCUUGCUUGAAGUUGUUCUGCUGAAUACCGGAGGUCGACUGGACUUGCUUGGAGCAUAAGGACCUUUGUACAAUCUAGUACCAAUAGUCUAAUCUGAUAUAGUAUAAUACACAUUUCAAGCGUAAUAUAGUGCUCUCUUGCUUAUUUCAUCCUUUAAACCUCAUGGUAUCACACAAAUGUAAUUAAUUAUUAAUGAUCCUGUUCCCGGAAUGAGGGGGGAAGAAAACCUCACAAGGGCUUCCACUUCUGAAUUAUUAUUUUAUUUACUUACUUUUGAGAGAGAGUCAACAGGGGAGGAGCGGAGAGAGAGAAUCCCAAGCAGGCUCCGUGCUGUCAUCGCAGAGCCUGACAUGGGGCUUGAACUCACAAACCGAAAUCAAGCUACUUAACCAACUGAACCACCCAGGCACCCAUCCACUUCUGUAUUAUUUUAUUAUCAAAAGUUUAAAUAAGAUGUUCUACUGCCGUUGUCUUUUAACUGUCCGCUGCAUUAGCGCUUUCCUUGACGUGCUGAGGAGAUGCAGCCAUGAAUUCCUUAGACUUGCCCGUGAGAUUAGUUGAAGGGUGUGUGAUUACAUGUGAAUAGCACACUGAGAUGACACUCAGAUGACGUUAUUUUCUUGUUAUGUCUUUAGCUUGAUGAUUAACACACAAAUCUGUUUGAUACAAAAGGCAUUAGUGAUUAGGCCUACCAAAUUGGAAACCAUUUAGUUCCCAUUUUAAAGAAGUAUGAAGCCACAACAAAAACCAUAUUUAUUUUUACUCUGGGGAGCAGUAGCUAAUAAAUACAAAGAGAUUAAAGAGAUGUAGAACUAGUCAUCAUUUAAUGGUGUUUUAUUAAUGAUGCUUAUUUUCAAUGGUUUUUAAUAUGGGUCAUUUUUUCACCUCCUCUUAAGAGGAAUAAUGUUUAUUGAUUAAAGAUGUGAAAUAGUUAAGACACUAAUUCUGUUUCAGAUCUUUGACUAUAUUAUGUAUCAUAUGAUGGACUUUAUUUGUCAUGAAAUGUCUUAUUUUUCCUACCUAUAAAAUAGUGGUAUUGAUCAAUAAGGUAUAUGUACAUUACUUAA